AGAGGCGGAGGGGAAAGGAAAGGAAGGAAGAAGCCGGCGAACGACGUCACAAGCGCCGUCGCGAGGAGCCCUUCGUUGCAGUCCGGAGUAGGAAGGAAAGGAGGGGGGGGCGGCGGCGAGGCCUGAGGAGGGGCGGUGGAGGAGGAGGAGGAAGAGGAGGAGGAGGAGGGAGAAGAUGGCGGACGAUCCCAGCGCUGCCGACAGGAACGUGGAGAUCUGGAAGAUCAAGAAGCUCAUCAAGAGCCUCGAGGCGGCGCGCGGCAAUGGCACCAGCAUGAUAUCCUUGAUCAUUCCCCCCAAAGACCAGAUUUCCCGAGUGGCAAAAAUGUUAGCUGAUGAGUUUGGCACAGCAUCAAAUAUUAAGUCUCGAGUGAAUCGUCUUUCAGUCCUUGGCGCCAUUACUUCUGUACAGCAACGGCUAAAACUAUAUAACAAAGUACCUCCGAAUGGUCUGGUUGUUUACUGUGGAACAAUUGUGACAGAAGAAGGAAAAGAGAAGAAAGUGAACAUUGAUUUUGAACCUUUCAAACCAAUAAAUACAUCAUUGUACUUGUGUGAUAAUAAAUUUCAUACAGAGGCUCUUACAGCACUAUUGUCAGAUGAUAGCAAAUUCGGUUUCAUUGUAAUAGAUGGUAGUGGUGCACUUUUUGGAACGCUUCAAGGAAACACCAGAGAGGUUCUGCACAAAUUCACAGUGGAUCUUCCAAAGAAGCACGGGAGAGGAGGCCAAUCUGCCUUGCGUUUUGCUCGCUUGAGAAUGGAAAAACGUCACAACUAUGUAAGGAAAGUAGCAGAAACUGCUGUGCAGCUGUUUAUUUCUGGUGACAAAGUGAACGUGGCUGGUCUUGUGUUAGCAGGGUCAGCUGAUUUCAAAACUGAAUUAAGUCAAUCAGAUAUGUUUGAUCAGAGGUUGCAAUCCAAAGUAUUAAAGCUAGUUGACAUCUCAUAUGGUGGUGAAAAUGGAUUCAAUCAAGCAAUUGAAUUGUCCACUGAGGUCCUGUCUAAUGUGAAAUUCAUUCAAGAAAAAAAGCUAAUAGGCCGAUACUUUGAUGAAAUCAGUCAGGACACAGGAAAAUAUUGUUUUGGGGUUGAAGAUACUCUAAAAGCCUUAGAAAUGGGAGCAGUAGAAAUCCUGAUAGUUUAUGAGAACCUGGAUAUAAUGAGAUAUGUACUUCAUUGCCAAGGCACGGAAGAAGAGAAGAUUCUUUAUUUGACACCAGAACAAGAAAAAGAUAAAUCCCACUUCACAGAUAAAGAGACAGGACAGGAGCAUGAACUCAUAGAAAGCAUGCCUCUGCUUGAGUGGUUUGCAAACAACUACAAGAAAUUUGGGGCUACGUUGGAAAUUGUGACAGACAAGUCACAGGAAGGAUCCCAGUUUGUGAAAGGAUUUGGAGGGAUUGGAGGUAUCUUGCGGUACCGAGUGGACUUCCAGGGAAUGGAAUACCAAGGAGGAGAUGAUGAAUUUUUUGACCUUGAUGACUACUAGGUAGUCGGCCUGGGUCUGGCAAAUGUGCCUCACCCCUCCAGCAUCCAACCCAAGGAGAGAAAACUCACGAUGGAAAACAAAACAGAUCCCUGCCUUAGAAUUGGAGUAUUUCCAGAACUUUAUCCAGAACAUCGGGUUUCAAAAAAAGAAAGAGAAAGAAAGCAAACCCUACUGAUUUGUCAUAGUGUCAGUACAGCAGCACUCUACUAGAUUUCUAUAAUGCCAUUUGGACUAAUUAAAAAAAAUCCCAGUUUUUACUUUUACUUAAUGGUGAAAUUGGUUGCUCUUGUAUUUUAUGAAAAUGAUUUUUUUAACCUUCAGCUACAUUAACUGCUCUCAACCUUCAUUUGAAACAAAGUAAUUAUACUGGUUUGUUUCUUACUUUGAUAGGAGGAAAUUUAUUGCUGCUUUUUGCAGUGAUACGACCCAUUUACAUGGCGUUCUUGGCUUAGACUGCAGAAGAACCAUCUUAGGGAGACCUUGUUCCUAUUGUUCCCAGUCUAUGGUGGUGGAAGUAAAAGGAAUUAAACACUCUGCUGUGCCAGCUUUGAAAGGUGUGACUUUAAAAUUGGGAGGUCCACCUAUUUCAUUCUUAGACUGCAAAAACACUGUUUGUAUAAAUCAGGAAGUGUGUUUCAUUAAAGAAAAUUGAAGUGCCAGGGUCUCAGCAGGCUUAACCGGGAUUAUGAGUUGUGUGGCCUUCACUUUUCCCUUUUGUCAGUCAAUAAACAGUUUCCACAAGCAAGCUAAUACUGCUUACGCUUGGUUCUGUACUUUCCUAGGUUUUGUUUUUUUAUGUUUUGCUUUGGGACUGCAUAAGCUGCCUUGGUGAAUCAACAGCCAACAUUCACAAACUGCUUUAAAAUGCAAUUAUCUAGCAAAAUGUGACCGACAUAAGCCUUGGAACUGGUGGCUAUGGAGCUUCUGUAGAAAUAUGAAACUUUUUUAAAAAAGAAGUUAGGCACCAAAGAUUCACAUUCAACACAAUGGCAUAGUUCAUGCAAGGCAGUUAGCUCACUUUCCUGCAUUCCUGUAGUACUGGCUGAUUUUCGAAAGGUACUCUGAUUUUUUUUUUUUUUUAAUGCCUGGCUCUGUUCUCAUUUUCCUUAUCUUUCUUGUGUUGGUCAAAGACUCCCAACCUGCGAACAUUGUAUAUCGUUCCAAAUCCUGCCUCACUUGAAUUGAAGGGAGAGUUGUCUUAACUAAGCCUUCUCAUCACAGUAUAUACUUAAAAAGGUCCAAAAUGACUUUCUGUCAAUGUGAGCAAUAGAAUUUGUAUCUUUUUAUAACUUGGCAAGCAGGUAAUGCAUGUGUUUGCCCACAGGAAGUUUUCACAUUGGGUGGAAUCUCUUAGGGACGCUCUUUAUGAUUAUGAAUAUUCAGACUGAUUUGCCGAAAUUGUGAUCACAAGCAUCCUUAAGCUCUUCAAAGCAGCAUACUUUGAUUUUGCCAUUGUAAAUGGGUCUGCUAUGACAUGACAAGAGCAGAAAAAUUGGGUGUAAAUUUACAGUUUUGAAUAUACUGCUUGUUUCACAUUUAGGGUAUGCAGCUCCUUUUUUUUUUUUUUUUUUUUGGUAGUUUUAUUUUUACUAUUUAAGUUUGGAAAUGAUGCCAAAAUUUUGUAUCUCUUUAAUCAAUGUGUGAUCUCUGGUGGUAUAUAUUGCAUUAUACAUUGAUGUAUAUAUCAAUAUAUACUGAUAUGUAUUACACUUAACACAAACACAUUAAAAGGAUGAGAAUCCUAGCCUUUUGCAUACUACGUAGCCUCUUCAGAGAACUCCCAAGCAGUGAUAUCUUGGUGUUGUGAUGUACAGAAAUGGAGAAGAGUAUUAAACCAUAUUUAAGAAUAUAUACUGGAUCCUUGACUUUAUUUUACUUGGGGAGGGUUGCAGAUACCUGCUGCUCAAUCAAUUGCUUUGAUUUUGAAUAGAAUACUUACUGUUUUCAACAUGCAGUUAGCACGUUAUCCUAAACAUUGACAUGGUUAAAUAGGGGAGGUGCUUUAAAUCACCAUUUUAUUUUUGGCAAUAUAGCUCAGAACGCUUAAAGUUUAGACUUUAUCUCGAGUAAAUUGUUUAAUCUUCCAAUCUUAACAAUUUUUAAUGUGCCACAAGUGUCUUAAAGUUACUAUGUAAUAGCACAAACCUUUUUGAGAAUUAAAAGUAUAAGACCUAUAGCAAUAUGAUUUUCCAUCAUUGCUAUGGUUUCUUGCUGAGGGUUAACAUAUUUCUAAUUUCUUGUUAGAAAAGGAAUUAUUGUAGUGUUGAUGCAAAAGCCUGAAAAUUAAAAUACAAUGUUGUCCUUUUCAACUCCCUUUGUCAGAGCAUUCCUACAUGGUUAAGAAUCUGCACUAUUCAUAUUUACAAUUAGAAAGCUAUAUCAUAUCCACAGCUGUAAGAGCAUUUUUAAAUUAGCUAGACAUCUUUAAUCACCAAUAUGGUUAGUCAUAAAUGAAGUAUUCCUCCCAGAUUCCACACCUCAUGUCUGCUUGACAAGUGUUAGCAACAUUGUUUGGUGGGGAAAGUACCUGCAUAUCAAGUAUUAGAAAAACUGGAUGGGAAAUACUCCUAAAGAUAGUAGGAAAUAAGACUGUGGGCUUUGAAAAUUAGGAAACAAGACUACGUGAGCUUUGAAAAUUAUUGGAAGAAAUAGAUCUGUAUAUCAUGUAAAAACUGUUUCACAUCUUUUGCUAUUCCUAAAAAAUACCCGCCUUAAUGGUAGCUGCUUUAAGUUUCAUAAUUUAAAUGGUUAUGGCUUCAAUCAGGCUAAAUUCAAAGUCUGAAAUGAAAUGGGCUCUUGUGUUAAAGAGAGGGAUCCUGCUUUGUGCACAACCCAAAGCACUUCCAAGUUAUUCUUGAACAGUGUGUAGCCAUGUUAAAAAUUGGAGCCUCCAAUGUAGAAGCCUCAACAGGAAAAGUCAAUGGGGGAAAAUACAAGGAAUCAGAACUGAGCAGUACCUGUUAAUAGCGUUCAUGAGAUUUCCAGAGUUGGCCAAUAGCUACUGUGUUGCUUGUUCUUUCAUGCUUAGGUCAGGUAAAAAGAAGAUACUAUUCAGUUUUGUCUUUUAAACACUGAAGAUAAUCCUGCUAGUUAUAAAAGAGCUAUUGCAUUGAUUUUGUUGUAUUUUAAUAUUUUUUAAUCCUCUGACCUUGCGAAGCCAUAAACCAUCAAGAGUUGGAAUAUUGAUACACAUUUACUUAGACUGCUUCAAUCAUUGAGCAGUUUACAAUUCUUGUAUAAAGUAAUUUAAUACACAGAUGUUUAUCUGACUAAAAUAUUUGCAAGAUGCAGCAAAGAAAUUUGAAACAGAUUUUUAUAACGCAGGAUGGAGCUAGCUGCAUUUUGAUUCUGGAUCUUGACAUAGCUGUACCAGGGCUGACUUUCUUAAAUUACACUCGAGAGGUGUACUAUCAAAUCAAUCCCUGUGAUUAAAACAUUGGUGCUCCCACUUAUUGCAUCUUGGGAUUGACAGUCUUUGUGGCACGAUCUGAAAAGUGUUCAUUUAAAUGUGUGCUCUACCUCAAGGUUGCCUAAUCUGAGCUCAGCUGUUUUGUGAGUGCUGGUAGUUAGUCAGAUUUACGGAUUCAUUCAAUCGCUAUGAAUAGGAGUACCAAUUAAUUCCUUAUACUUCCACUUGAAGCAUCAUCAACUACUUGUGUUUCUUCAUUGCAAAAAAAAAAUCUCUAUCCAUCUGAAAUUUUGCAAGGAUACUCCCCAUCUUAAGAGACUAUUAUUGUAAUUUUUGUGUGCUUUAAAAAUAGCUUGAAAAACCUUGUAUCAAAGUUUGUGAAACUCGUAAGUCUACCUUGAUUAUAUUUAAUGCUACAAACAUUUGCAUCAAUAUAAUGUUAAAGUAAUGUGCUGAAGUACAGGAGAGCAGAAGUCUGUUUCCUUAAUUUCAUUCUGAAUCUGGCAUUGAGUAAAAUUGGACUGGAUCUGGUGCUGUACUGAGCAGAGGUUUGGGUUUGGUGGCCACCACUUCCAGUGAUCUAGAUCAAAAAGGAACCUUUACCAACUCUAAUGUUGAAAUGAGUAGGAGGGUGCUCAGUACCUCACUCACUGUGGAAUAAGGGGAUAGAGCAAGAGUGUAGUUGUCCCUACCACGUAAUCCAGGCAAUAUAUUAAAGUAAAAAUCAUAUAGACCUGGAAAUGAUACUGUCUUCCAGCAUGGAUGACAAUUCUAGCAUUAUCCAAAGAGAAUUGUUCAACAGCAGUGGGAAAGAUAGACUGCUCAAUAACUUUCUGUUCCUUUGAGUUAGAGCGUAUACUAGUGCAAUUUGAAGGAACCAAAAAAAAAGCGGCUAGAAUGUAUAUAUACACUAAACCAAAGGAAUAUUAAGUAUUUUCUGUUUCUUUGAUUCCUGGUGACUGCCUGAACUAGUUUCAGGAUUUUCAGAAGUGAUUUUGCCAGUGCCUCCUUCCUAAGGUUGA